AUGGUCGUGGCCGCGGAAGUGGCACAUGCUCAGAUAUAUGUGCGAGAUGGAGACGAAAUACCUUCGAGCUCCGUAGAUGUCAGUCAAUAUGACCCUCUCACACCUGUCCCACCAGACUACAGCAGCACCCCUUUCACAGACACCUGCACCCUAACCAUCUCCUCUGGUCCCGGCGGGCACGGCUGUAUAUCCUUCCUCCGCGAGAAGUACAUCGCCAACGGCCCACCCAACGGCGGUGACGGCGGGACAGGAGGCAACGUUUACAUCCAAGCCGUGCGAGGCGAAACGAGUCUACACAAGAUAGCCCGGCGCGGCACACUCAAAGCCGGACGAGGAAGGAAUGGACAGGGCAGUCUACGAGGUGGCGUGAGAGGCGAAGACGUAGUCCUCCACGUCCCCGUCGGAACAGUUGUGCGAGAGAUCUGGCGCAAAGACCCCUUAGAAGACGACGCACGCCUAGGAGGAGGAAAAGGCUACGGUCAAGACCUGCGCGACGACGAUCCCGAAGCCGAAGGCACAGAUCAAACCCGCAAGUGGCGCAGGGAUAAAUGGCUCCUCUACCCCGGCACCCUCCCCAAAUCCUUCACCUCCGCCGAUUUCCCUGCUCUGCCGCGGCCAAGGAAGAAUAACCUAGUCGCUACGUGUCCUCCCGCACCUCUCCGCCUGGACCUGAGCGCACCAAUGAGUACGCCACAGAUUCUUGCGGCUGGAGCGAUGGGAGGGCUGGGAAAUCCGCAUUUCGUUACCAAGUCCAUCACUAAGCCCAAGUAUGCCACGAAAGGCGAGGAAUCGACACGGAUACAUCUUCAGUUGGAACUGAAGUUACUGGCGGACGUGGGACUCGUUGGACUACCUAAUGCGGGGAAGAGUACGCUGUUGAGGGCGUUGACGAACAGUCGGACACGAGUGGGUAGUUGGGCGUUUACUACUUUAGCCCCCAGCGUGGGGACUGUGGUACUUGACUCUUUUCGGGGGAGACCUGGUGCUGCCGGUAGUGCUGCCGGGAUGGCAGAAGGUGCAAGGAGAAAUGGUAGGACGCACUUCACCAUAGCAGAUAUCCCCGGUCUAGUCCCCGACGCCCAUCUCGAUCGCGGACUGGGUCUCGGCUUCCUCCGUCAUGUCGAGCGCGCCGGCGUCCUGGCUUUCGUCAUCGAUCUCAGUGCUGCGGAUCCUGUGGAAGGGGUGAAAGGGUUAUGGAGGGAAGUGGGGAUGUUUGAACAGUUGCGCGAGCAGGAGCGGUUCAAUGGGUCUGCUGAAGGUUUACUGGCUGAGAACCUCGUCGCGGACGAGAAUAUAAUGGUCGAGUUCAAACCGUUCGAGUCUUCGAUUUCGCCCGGUAUGGACCCGGAGCCUGCACAUCAUCAGAAGGCGUUCGAGGAGCAUGAACACGGCUACGAUGCUCCUCCCGCCAAUAUCCCUACUCUACCUCCGCUACAAUUCCCUGCCAUUACAAUUAAACCCUGGUUCGUCGUAGCGACCAAAGCCGAUUUGCCAGAAACGCAAGAAGCUUUCGCCACUUUACGCACGUAUCUGGAGCAGAUCAACAGCGGCAAGGAAGCUCAUCCCUCUAGCAAGGCCGGCAAGGAUGUCUGGAACGGUGAUGUGAGGGCUGUGCCCGUCUGUGCGAUGAGGAAGGAAGGGGUGGAGGGGGUGCUCGAGGUCAUGGGUGGACUAUUACCACCGAUGUAG